AUACUCUGCCAAUUGUUCAACGGGUGCGUUACACCACGAGUAAUUUACUUUCCUUCUUUUCGUGGAUGUACCAGCCCAGAGAAACGAGGUUCUUUCUGUAUAAACUCGAAUUUUGUACAUCGAUAGAAGCUUGACGACUCAGUUUGCUCGGAAAAUGACUUUCGACACAGUUAUACGUUUUACCAUCAUGCUCAUGACCAUUUGUACCAAUUACGUUGUGGUUCACUUUCAGUCCUAAUCAAUCAGAACCAUUGUAAUGGAAAGUGAGUUUUUAUGUUUUAAUUGUUUCUUCACAUCUACAGAAUCAAGAAAUUGUUUGAGAAACCUUUUAUCCACUAAUCCCGUUACAAGAGUACUAAUGGGUAAUGAGGGGAGUUCGAAUCACUGUGAAACUGUUGUUGUGGACUACAGCUCCCCAAAUAUUGCUAAACCAUUUCACCUGGGGCAUUUCCGAGCUACUGUAACAGGAAAUUUUGUUAAAAACAUCAAUGAAGCUUUUGGAAAUAAAGUAAUUGGAAUAAAUUACAUUGGUGAUUGGGGUACUCAAUUCGAUAUCUUAGCAUCGGGAUUUUCAAAAUAUGGGGAUCAGGUUGAAUUGCGAAGAAAUCCCAUUGAACAUUUAUACAAAGUCUAUGUACAAGCGAAUCGUGAUAUUCAAUCAUCAAAUGAAAAAAAUCUACCAUAUGGAAUUGAUCAUGGUAAUCAAUCAGUUAACUUUUUCAAACCGAUACUCAAUAAUACAACUGAAAUACAAUCUCGUGAUACUGAACUCUGGCGAUAUAUUCGUGAAGUAACUUGUGAACAGUUGCAAUCAAAUUACCAGCGUAUGAAUAUUCAAUUUACAAGUUACGAAUAUGAAUCCGAUUAUGUGGAGAAGGCUUAUUCACUUGCUAACAUGUUACUAGCCAAUGGGUUAGCUUACAAAAGUUCUGAUGGACUGACUUGUAUGUCGACAGCAAACAAUAAUGAUGUGAAUUUUUCGAAUCAAAAUAUUAUCCUAUUAAAAAGUGAUAAGUCAACUUUAUAUUUAACCAGGGAUAUAGCGGCGGCAAUUUCUCGUUACGAAAAAUACCAUUUCGAUAGGAUACAUUAUGUGGUUGAAAUCGGACAGCGUUUACACUUUCAACAACUCAACUAUGUUCUCCUAAAAAUGGGUUAUAAUUGGCCAGUUUUAUCUAUGGUCGGUGAUGAUGCUGAUGAUAAUACUGAUAAUGAUCAGUGUAGUCAAUGUGCUCGUAAUCUUUUACAUAUUCCAUUCGGUCGAAUUAUGGGAAUGAGUACUAGAAAAGGUGAAGGUUUAUUUCUUUUGGAUAUUUUAAAUAAUGCUCAACAAUUUAUGCUGAAUCGAAUGAAAUCUUCCCAAAAUACACGAAUAACCCAAAAUGAAUCAGUUAAUCCACCAUUGUUAUCUCAAAAUGAAAUAGCUGAUCAUUUAGGUGUAACAUGUUUGGUAACAACAAUGUUUGCUUAUCCACGUCAAAAACCAAUUAAUUUACAGACAUUCCUUGGUUUACCAGUGACAUCAUCAUCAUCAACAAUGAGAAAUAGUCAUUUGUUGAAAUCGUCAGCUGUAAGUGAAUUAUGCGGAUUAACUCUACAAUAUUGCCAUGCAAGACUAUGCAGCCUAGAAUCUCGUUCAAUUUCGUCCGGUCUAUUCCCAUUCAAGGUUAAUAGCAGUGAUCCAACAUCAAUUGUGUUUGACAUGGAUCACCUUAUUCAUGAAUUUGAUCAAUUUAAAGAGUGGCCUUCAACAACAAUUAAUGAAAAAUCUUUUGUAAAACUGGCUGAUCAGUUGUGCAGAUUUUCUACUGUGCUUCGUACUGCUUAUUCAAAAUACGAGCCACAUUACGUACUACAAUAUGCAUUACAACUUACCUCUGAUGUAAACUCAGCUUGGAAGCAUUUACCAGUUUUGGCAUGCACAACUAAAGAAGAUCAACUAAUACGUCUGUUCAUCUUUCUAGCGUCUAGAAAUGUACUUGCUUCAUGUUUACGUUUAAUGGGAAUCAAACCGUUGAGUGCGAUAUAACAGUGAUUAUUAUGAUUAUGAUUAUGAAAAACGAAUCCUUUCAUGCUUGAGUUCAUAUAUCAGUGUAUAAUACAGAUUGAUUAAACAAAAUCCACUCUUUUUCUUUACUUACAUUUUUCCCUUUUCUAUGUACAAUUAUCAUUUAUUGUUAAAAAAUAAAUUAUUUUCGUCAA